CCAUUGAGAGGACAACAAGAAGCAUGCGACUCCGUGCCGUGGGGCAGCUUGCCUUGCUCAAAGGAUGCUCUCAUCCCUUGACACGCGUUUCGUACGCAAGACGAACCUUGUAUGCAAAAGCCACGGAGUUUCUACAAAACAAUCAGCCCGAUUGGACGGAAUCUAUGCAUGAGGUUCGCGACGCCAUCUCAAAGAUAUGCUCAAAGUAUCCGGAUGAAUACUGGCUCGAAAAAGACAACAAACACGAAUUUCCACAAGACCUACAUCGGGACAUGGCCAACGAUGGCUGGCUCGGUAUUUGUAUGCCACAGGAAUAUGGUGGUUCGGAGCUUGGAAUCUCUGAGGCCACGGUCAUGAUGCAGACGAUCUCCGAAUCUGGCGCUGGAAUGGCUGGUGCUUCAUCGGUUCAUAUGAACAUAUUCGGCCUCGAGCCUGUGGUCAAGUUCGGUACCACAGCGCAGAAAGAGCGAAUGCUAGUUCCGCUGAUCCAAGGCAAAGAGAAGGCUUGCUUUGGUGUGACGGAACCAAAUACCGGACUGGAUACAUUGAAGCUACAAUCUAGCGCGCGUAAUAUGGGAGAUCACUAUAUCCUCAACGGCUCCAAGAUUUGGACUUCUACUGCUCAGGUGGCAAACAAGAUUCUCAUAUUGGUCCGUACAACACCACUGGAUCAAGUGACGAAGCCUACACACGGAUUAUCCCUGUUUUACACGGAUUUGGAGCGCACCGCAGUGAAGGUGACAGAAAUACCGAAGCUAGGACGAUCAGCUGUGGACAGUAACGUGAUCUUCUUCGAGAAUUGGAAAGUGCCAAAAGAGGAUCUGAUUGGCGAAGAAGGCAAUGGCUUUAAGAUAAUCAUGCAUGGAAUGAAUGCCGAAAGGAUCCUCGUGGGUGGCGAGGCAUUAGGGCUCGGAUAUGCAGCACUUCGUCGAGCCUGCAUCUAUGCCCAAGAGCGCUCGGUAUUCGGGCGACCAAUUGGAAAGAAUCAAGGCAUACAGCAUCCAUUAGCGGAUUCUUGGAUGAAGCUCGAAGCCGCCAGGUUGAUGCUCUACCAGGCUGCCCGAAUGUAUGACCAGGGGCACAGCACAGGAGAAUAUGCAAAUGCAGGCAAGUUCCUCGCCGCCGAGGCCGCGUUUGAAGCGUGCGAAAGAGCAGUCCUAACCCAUGGAGGUAUGGGUUACGCCAAGGAGUACCACGUCGAGCGAUACUUGCGAGAGGCUAUGCUCCCUCGGAUUGCACCCAUAAGUAGGGAGUUGAUAUAUAAUUACAUUGGAGAAAGGGUGUUGGGAUUGGCCAAGAGCUACUAGAGCUUUGGCUGAUUGAGACACUUGAAGGGAUCUGCGUUUGCUCUUCACUCCUCAUGACGAAAGCCGGUGAAUGGGUUGAUGCUAUACCAAUCAAUCUAGCCUUCCCACGUUAUAGGAAGGUCCAAGCACACUCUCAUGUGUCGAAGUGACAUUGUAUCAAGUUACACCCAAUAACUCCUUGCACUCCUACGCCUCGUGGUCGAUUGAUUGCAUGCUUUCUUUCAUUCCACUGGCCAGCCAAGCGAAUGUUCGGCCAUGAUUGAGAGGCUAGGAAGUUUCAUGGUCUACGA